GAGAUUAACGGACCAAAUCAACACCACAAUGAGUAGCUAGAGAUCUGCAUUAGACAGGCGGUAAACGGCCCUCUUUCGACAGUUGUACCCUUCGCCUAAACGUGUGGCAUCUUGUUAACCGUGUGGGAUCAACCGGGAGCUACCGGCCGCCAACUAAUUUACACUCGCCUAUUUUUGGCCAGAAGCCGAUCGCAGCCAUGAUGGCGUCAAGCUACAACGCUAAGGAAGGGGACGGGCACAACUCCGGUGCCUCGAAUAACGGAGGCGCCGGGGUCGUGAAAAGUAAAAAGCCGGACAACACCGCGUUCAAACAGCAGAGGCUACCGGCCUGGCAGCCCAUCCUCACGGCGGGCACCGUGCUGCCGGCUUUCUUCGUGAUCGGUCUCAUCUUCAUACCCAUCGGCAUCGGCCUGUACGUCACUUCAAACAACAUCAAAGAGUACGAGAUUGAUUACACCGGUGCAGACAUUAACGAUGCAUGCUACAACUGUGCCAAGAACUUCAGCUGGAACAGCACAAUGCCAUGUGUCUGCUCUGUGGUCUUCACACUGGAGCAGCCAUUUGAGAGCAACGUCUUCAUGUACUACGGCUUAUCCAACUUCUAUCAGAACCACAGGCGCUAUGUGAAGUCCAGGGAUGACAGCCAACUGAAUGGAGACCGGUCCGCUUUAACGAACCCCAGCAAGGAAUGUGAACCGUAUCGCACAAGUGAGGGACAGCCCAUCGCUCCGUGUGGGGCCAUAGCUAACAGCCUUUUCAAUGACACUCUGGAGCUGUAUUACAUUGAUGCCAAUGGCAGCAGAAACCUGAUUCCUCUGGUGAAGAAGGGAAUCGCGUGGUGGACAGACAAGCACGUUAAGUUCAGGAACCCCGGUGGAAACGACAACAACCUUACUGUAGCCUUCCAAGGCACAUCCAAGCCGGUGAACUGGAGGAAGCCAGUGUUCGAGAUGGACCCGUACGAUCCUGAGAACAACGGCUUCAUCAACGAGGACUUCAUCGUGUGGAUGCGCACCGCUGCGUUGCCCACCUUUCGCAAGCUCUAUCGCAUCAUCCAGAAGAAGUCUAGCACGACCCCGACUCUCCCCAGUGGCAAAUACAACUUGGACAUCACUUACAAUUAUCCGGUGCGUAGCUUUGACGGUCGCAAGCGGAUGAUCCUGAGCACCAUCUCCUGGAUGGGAGGGAAGAACCCGUUCCUCGGCAUCGCCUACAUCACCGUGGGCUCCAUCUGCUUCUUCCUGGGUGUGGUUCUGCUCAUCAUCCACCAUAAAUAUGACACCCGCAACAACAGUGCCGACAUUCCAAGCUAAACUUUCCUCGCGCCUCGUCCUCCUGUCUGCGCAUGCAUGGUUGUUCUGGACUGCUCGUUGACGUUCGUGUGAAUACACUGGUUUCUGUUUUAUUGUCGUGCGUUUGUGUACAGACGGCAUCGUCAAGUGUCUCAUCGAAUGCUGUGAUCUUGUGACGGGCAACUAAGGCAAAAGCAGGAUGAUAGUCUGUCUCUGUACAUAUAGCUUCAAAUUAGCUCCUGGGAAUAUAAUUUCCUGUACAUCUAUUUAUCUUUACCCUGUCGAAGUAUGUGUUCUUUUUUAGAUGGGCUUUGCAAAUGGCUGCUUUUACUGAGGGAUGUAUGUAUUUUUUAUGCAACUUUUGUUCCUUUUUGAGUGCUGUAAUAUGUCCUGCUGAUGAAUGUACCAUGUUAUUUAAAUGACAUGCCUCUGGUUUUUGAGAUUACCGUGAA